AUGGAUUGUGUAAAUGCUAACAAACUGAAUGAAACAUGUUCACAAUUCGAAAAAGUGGAAACAAAUGGAUCGGACAAUAAUAUUUUCGGAAACCUUAGCAAUUCACAAAUUCUUGAUCAAAUCAAGGAUUUCAUUCGACCAUCCGUUUAUCACUGGAUAUUCAUGUCAUUAUUCUUAGUGGUAUUCCUCGUAGGAACAACGGGAAACGUGUUGGUGUGCUAUUCCGUGUGGAAGAGCCGAUCGCUCAAAACGGUGACCAACUAUUUUCUCGUAAAUUUGGCAGUAGCAGAUUUUCUGGUUAUCCUGAUUUGCUUGCCAUCAUCCAUCGUCUCGGACCUUUUGCAGUCCUGGUUUUUUGGAAUAAUCAUGUGCAAGGUCUCUGUCUACCUUCAGAGGGUUUCGGUGUUUGUCUCUGUCCUCACGCUUACUUCGAUAUCCGUAGAACGUUACCUGGCGAUAUGUCACCCGUUACGGCAUCACGGCGCCUAUUUCAAAACGAGACCCAUUAUUGCCGUGAUCUGGAUGAUUGCUCUUAUCGUCCCAUCUGUGGACUUCUACAACAUGGUUCUUGUACACGACGAACAGAUUCCGAGAAGUCUUCGCCCCUGGCUAACAGUGUGUGCCCCUAGAGACCCGAAGAUGGAAAUGCAGUUCAAUUUGUUCCUGACUGCGGCUUUCUACUUGGCCCCAUUGUUGGUCAUGUCCUAUACGUAUGUCAUGAUUGCCAUUUGCCUUUGGUCAUCAACCUCGCAGACAAACACGGUUGCAGAAAAUAUCCACAACGAGUCUGCCUUUGAACAGUUGAAGAUGCGACGACGGACUGCUAAAAUGUUAAUAGUGGUUGUCAUUACAUUCGCGCUGUGCUAUCUGCCAAUUUAUGUCCUCAAUAUCGCCAGGUACACAAGUGCUCUGGAUCCACUUAAAGCCAAUCGGGCGGCCAUCGUUUGCGUUUUCUGGACCGCUAGAUUCCUCAACUAUUUUAACAGCGCAAUAAAUCCUGUCAUCUACAAUUUCAUGAGUGUGAAAUUUCGAAAGCAGUUCAAGACAGCGUGUUUUGGUUGUUACGUCCAUCUCCGUUUCUGUUGUUUCUUUUUGCGUCGUAAGAGACCAAGAAAAAAGGAUUUCGCUUCAGACUACAUUGCUUUCUAG